CCCUCCGCCUCUGGGGCAGGAUAGCGAGCGCGGCCGAACGCGUCCCUCCCUCGCCAAUCCGGCUCCGGAGCCCGCCCGCCCGCGUUUUCCCGGCGCCUGUCGCCUGGCCGCUCCAGCCUGGUUCGCAGUCUCGGCCGGAGCUGGCGCCCUGGAGGAAGGGUUCAAAUCCGCGCGCAAGGGAGCUGCAGCGCGCGAGGGGUGCGGAUGGGCGCCAGGAUGAAGCAGCCGCCUGUGCCCUGGUGAAACUUCAUGGCCACAGCCCCAGGCCCUGCUGGCAUUGCCAUGGGCAGCGUGGGCAGCCUGUUGGAACGGCAGGACUUUUCCCCUGAAGAGCUACGGGCAGCACUCGCAGGAUCUCGGGGCUCCCGCCAGCCUGAUGGGCUCCUCCGGAAAGGCUUGGGCCAGCGCGAACUCCUCAGCUACCUGCACCUUCCCAAGAAGGAUGGCAAGACCACCAAGCGGGCCCCUCGGAAUGAGCCUGCCGACUAUGCCACCCUCUACUACCAGGAACACCCUCGGGCUGGUGACUUCAGCAAGACCUCGCUGCCUGAACGGGGGCGUUUUGACAAGUGUCGCAUUCGCCCAUCAGUAUUCAAGCCGGCCUCGGGCACCGGGAAAGGCUUCCUGUCCAUGCAGAGCCUGGCGGCCCACAAGGGCCAGAAGCUGUGGCGCAGCAAUGGCAGCCUGCACACGCUGGCCUGCCACCCGCCCCUGAGCCCCGGGCCCCGGGCCAGCCAGGCCCAGGCCCGUGCCCAGCUGCUGCACGCCCUCAGUCUGGAUGAGGGCGGCCCUGAGCCCGAGCCCAGUCUGUCUGAUUCCUCCAGCGGGGGCAGCUUUGGCCGCAGUCCCAGCACUGGUCCCGGCCCCUUCAGCUCCUCCCUGGGCCACAUUAACCAUCUUGGGGGCUCCCUGGACCGGGCCUCACGGGGUUCCAAGGAGGUUGGGCCACUGGCUCUGCUGAACUGCCUGCCUGAACCACCGCCCCCCUACGAAUUCUCCUGCCCCGCCGCCGAGGACAUGGGGACUGUGGUGCCGGACACCUGUGAGGAGCUCAAGAGGGGCCUGGGUGAGGAGGAUGGCGCCAAUCCCUUCACACAGGUGCUGGAAGAGCGCCAGCGGCUGUGGCUGGCUGAGCUGAAGCGCCUCUACCUGGAGCGACUGCACGAGGUGACCCAGAAGGCCGAGCGUAGUGAGCGCAACCUCCAGCUGCAGCUGUUCAUGGCCCAGCAGGAGCAGCGGCGCCUACGCAAGGAGCUGCGAGCACAGCAGGGCCUGGGCCCGGAGCCCCGGCCACCAGGCAGCCUCCCAGAGACCGAUCCUAGCGCACGAGCAGAGGAGGAAGCCCGCUGGGAGGUGUGCCAGAAAACAGCAGAGAUCAGCCUCCUGAAGCAGCAGCUGCGGGAAGCCCAGGCGGAACUGGCUCAGAAGCUAGCUGAGAUCUUCAGCCUGAAGACACAACUUCGGGGCAGCCGGGCACAAGCCCAGGCCCAGGAUGCAGAGCUGGCCCGGCUGCGAGAGGCCGUGCGGAGCCUGCAGGAGCAGGCCCCUCGGGAGGAGGCCCCAGGCAGCUGUGAGACCGAUGACUGCAAGAGCAGGGGGCUGCUAGGGGAGGCGGGAGGCGGUGAGGCCAGAGAUGGGGCUGAGCAGCUGCGGGCCGAGCUCCUGCAGGAGCGGCUCCGAGGCCAGGAGCAGGCGCUGCGCUUUGAGCAGGAGCGGCGGACGUGGCAGGAGGAAAAGGAGCGGGUGCUGCGCUACCAGCGGGAGAUCCAGGGCGGCUACAUGGACAUGUAUCGCCGCAACCAGGUGUUGGAACAGGAGCUGCGGGCGCUGCAGGAGCCCCCCACGCCCUGGAGCCCUCGGCUUGAGUCCUCCAAGAUCUGAGGCCCUCGGAGCAAGCUGACAGCAGAAGCACUGUCAGAAGAUGGCUUGGACAAGCCCACCCUGAGAUGGCCAGCCCUUUCCGUACAUUGGUCUGGGGUGGAAGCUGCUGAGACCAGCCAGGGAUGGAGAGGCUGGCCGAGAGGAGGGACCCAGUGGGGCUGUGGGCUGGAUGGGGUACCAGUAGCAGGAGGAGCCAGGGCAAGGUCCCCCCUGGCUGAGGAGUCUCCAGGCAGAGCCCAGCCCUGGAGUAGGUGUGACCCAGGAAAGGAGGUUUGGAAGUGAAGAGCCCUGUGAAGCAAAAAGGGCCAGUGUGAGGAGGGGAGGCUGGGAUGGGAACUUUGGCCUCCGCAGAAUAAAAUCACAUUUUCUAUGAGGAA